CGCAGUUGGUCGCAUGAGACCCUUCCGCAUCACUUCCUUCUUUACAUACCUAAGUAAUCCCCGAUUCGGCGCGGACAAUUAUUGCCCUCUCGGCGAUAACUUGUCCCACGACUUUCAACUUCUUAUACUUAUAUUCCCUUUCCCACCAUCUUUCUCGCAAGUUGACCUUGCCCUCUAGAUAAUCACAUAUUGGAGGAAAAGAUGGCUUCACUCGAUUCCCUACCCGACGAAAUCGUCCACCAAAUCCUACUCUACGUCUCCCCGGAGGAGACCCUGACAAAGGUCGCACGACUAUCUAAACGUUUCAACCGAGUCGCGCAAGAACCCCUUCUUUGGAGAUGUUAUUGUCUAGAAACAUUCAAAUACUGGAACUCGGAACAUCACUUCAAAGAGAGAUUAAGAACCCAUAUACACGAUACCGACUGGAAGCGACUCUUCAUCCAACGACUUAUACGUAACAACCAGAUCGUCCAACUAGUCGAUGGCAUUGUCACCUCUCGUGUAUCCCGAUUACAAAAGAUAGAACAGAUUUGCCAGUACGGAUAUGAUGCAAAGGAUUAUCUUCUUAGCCAGUGUCGAGUUUCGGACAAUACGGAAGACGUUUUGGCGCGAAGAUAUUACUCCUGUUCCGUCCUCGACAGUAUACAUAGAAGCCUCGCAAUAGAAGAAUGGGCCAAAUAUCAGAAAUAUGCAUCACGUCACAUCGGCGAAGAUACCCCGAAUAGCGAAAGACUGAACUGCGGCAUGCGCCUCGAGCGUGCCCUAGGUGCUUUUGAUAUGUUCAUGCUUCACGAUAAUGAAGGUGACUUAGACGAAAUUACCGAGCUUCUGGAUGAUAUCGCCACUCGUUUCCUCAGAGCUCACGGAAGUCUCCAUCGAAUGACCACUCGACAAAGAGCCGUCGCGCUGGCCCAGUGGCUUCAUUCAAACAAUAUGACGGGUUUGAGCGAUCCUACGGAACAAACCUACCGUUAUCUGCGCAACUGUUUGAUAGGCAGAGCCCUCCGAGAUGAACACCAUCCAUCGCUACCUAUUAUUUCUGCUGCGAUUUACUCGGCUAUAGCGUCCCGACUCGGACUGGAAGCAUACCCCUGUGCCUUGCCGAAUCAUGUUCACGCAACAGUCCUAUCACCGCCGGGCAUGUCAUUGGAUGGCGAAAUUCUUCCGGAAGGACAGUCCAAGAACCAGGAGAACAUGUUCCUUGACCCGUAUGGAUCAGAUGAGGAGGUUCCGCUAGAUUAUAUUCAUAGUUUCCUAUCCCGACUUGGAAUCAACUCCGGCCAUGAAAAUCUACUGCAACCAACGGCUACGGAUCUUAUCGUAAUGCGUACCGCCCAAAACAUUCGAGCCUCCUUUACCAGCUUCCGCACUAACGAGCGUCCCCUCUCCCAACUCAUUCCAAUGAUCGAACUCAACCGCGGCGACUGGGCUCGUAACCUCCAGCCAGCUCUAUACAGCAUGAUAUGGGCAAGUAUAAUGAUGGUCCCCGUGCUACCAGAGAAUGACGAGGUCCGUUGGGACUGGCAACAAGAUGUCGGGGACUUACGCACUUACUUCUACGAAUACUUCCCCGAAGACUCGUGGCUUGUCGAGAAGUACGUGUGUCCCAUGUACGACAUCUUCGCCCCGCCCAUGCGCCACCACAACGAGCGUGAACUCCCCUCCAAACGUAUCCGCGACCAGAUCCGUGAGAUUCGUCGCGUGGAUGCGUCGCCGAAACCACCACGCAGUAGAAUAGAUCUUUCAAAGGGGGUUAAUGUCAAGUAUCGCGUCGGUCAGGUCUUCAGACACAGGCGCUACGAAUACCAUGGCCUUAUCCUAGGCUGGACCGUCGAGGGCGCGUCGACUUGGGACGAUAAUCCGAUGUCCCCCGCCCAGAGACCGUGGACUACGUAUAGUCAGCCGUUUUAUCGGUGCAUGGUCGGUACUGAUGGAUCAGACCACCAUGUCAUAUCCGAGGAGAACAUAGAAGUCGUAGAGCUCCGUGGAGGCCCCGAGGUAUUACCCCCCGAAAUCAAGGAUUUAAUGCCGAUGGCGGGUAAAUUCUUCAAGCGCUGGGAUGGUGAGAGGGGGAUUUUCGUUAGUAAUCUAAAGGAAUUAUUUCCUGAGGACUAAUGAAUUCUACCUACCCGUUUCCGUAGCUGGUUUCACACAUAUGUUUGCAUUUUUGGUGGGCUUCGCAUUGUUUUAUCGUUUCCGUCGGUUGCAUUAUACGGAAUUCUUCGCUUUUAGCAUGUUUAACUCCCCUUAAUGAUUAUCCCCUACGACUGCAAUUACGAUCACGACUCCAUGGUGUUUGAUGUCUGCAUGAGAUGAUGGAGUAAUGGAGUCUAUGAUAGAAAUGUAAUUUCAUGAAUGCAUAUUUAUUUCUAUAAGU